AUGGUCAACGGCCCCGUCAUCAUUGAAGACUUCGCCGAUCCGGCUUUUUAUCGGGACGUCGAUUUCUGGCACGCAUUCGCCACCUGCAACCAAAACCAGUCGGUCAAUAUUCAAAUGGCUCGUUCACGGGAUUUCGACAAGUGGGAGCGCAUCGUCGACGACGCCCUUCCGGAUCUGCCCCGUUGGGUGAAUCUACCCAUGCCGUUUGUCUGGGCACCUUCCGUUACAUGCUUGGACAAUGGCACCUAUAUACUCUAUUACGCUGCCUCGAUGGCUUCCGACCCCAGAUUUCACUGCAUUGGUGUAGCUAGUUCGGACAAUAUCACUGGCCCUUACGACCCCGACCCUGAGCCCUGGGCCUGCGCGUUGGAGCGUGGAGGCGCCAUCGAUGCAUCUGCAUUUCAGGACGUCUCUGGCCAGCGGUAUGUCGUCUACAAAAUCGACGGCAAUUCACUCGGGUCUGGCGGCGCUUGCAACAACGGUAUCCCACCCAUUCAACCCACUCCGAUAAUGCUCCAAGCCGUUGCAGCGGAUGGGGUCACCAAGCAAGGCAAAGCAACACAAAUCCUUGAUCGAACUGACAAGGACGGUCCACUCGUAGAGGCUCCUUCCAUCCACCAAGCUGCAGAUGGCUCAUAUGUGUUGUUCUAUUCAAGCGGGUGCUUCUCGGAUCCAAGCUAUGACAUUCGCUGGGCUUCGGCGAACGACAUCCGCGGACCGUACACCCGAUUCGGCACUCUAUUGAAGACCGGAAUGAUGGGAUUAACGGCGCCUGGAGGUGCAGAUGUCAUAGAUGGUGGGCGAAUGAUGUUCCAUGCAGAUUUUGGAAAAGGCCGAGCGAUGUACACCACUCAAGUAGCCCAUGGAGGCGCAGCCGUCAGGUUGGUACAAUAUGAUGGCUAG